AUGGCCUCGAACGAACUGGAGUCGUUAUUCUUGUUCGCAUCAAAGUAUCCUCGGCUAAAUGAAAGCCUAUACGAGCGUUACCAGGAACUUCUUGAAGGCGGUCACGACCCAAAUGAGGAAUGGGACCAUGGUCGUGGUCCAAUCCGCUCGUCGCCAUUGUUCAGCGCAAUCAUGGACGAGAACGUCGAGUUGACAGCUCUCUUAUUGAAUUUUGGCGCAGAUGCAACUCGGCAUAAUAGAAGAGGGCGGAUGGCGCUUCAUGAAGCUAUCUCCCGUGCUCACAAGCCCAUUAUCGAGCUUCUCCUAGAGCGGGGAACGGAUCCAGAGGCACCGUUGAAGUCCGAGUGUCUCCAAGGUGGUACGGCUCUCCAUCUUGCAGUGAGCGCAGGCCAGGUGGAUAUAGUCCGAAGUCUUUUGAGUCAUCGUUGCAACCCCCAAAUAAGGUGCGAAACAGGUUGGACACCAGCGGACCUUGCCGUUCUGGAGCACCACACCGCAGUGCUCGAGGUGUUGCUAAGCGAGAUAAAUUUGCACAAUAUAUAUAUCCUGGAGAAGAACGAUCAAUGGCUCCUCAGCCCGGAUGAGAAGGCUCAUGACGAUUCAUCUCACCUUGCAUCCCACCUCCUAGAGCAUGGGGUCAGAGGAUCGACUCGAGACCACUAUGCCUAUUAUCGAUCAGGCCUAUCGCGUUCAUUAGAUCUAUUGAACCCCAACAUGACCACUUCUGACAUCGCAAAGGCCCUCAUAGAUCACAUGGAAGGCUUUCUGAGGCUAGGAGCAGGCGUCAACGGUCUCAUUACUUGGGCGAGAAACCGAUGCAAAGCGUGCGUCGAGUUUAACGGCCGAAAUGGGGAAGUUCUCUUCACUGCAUUCGAUCAUAGUCGUGAUCUUGCCACCUUAAAGGCAUCGUCUGAAAAUGGCUGUGACCUUUGUCAGUUACUCCUCGAGGCUUUAGACAGCCAUCGGUGUUCAUUGCAUCAAAUUGACAAACACUGGAUCGAGGAGCUUGGUGUCAAAUCUAAAGUACGACUGCUUCUCGAGAAUAAAGAAGUAGCACCAAGAUUUGGAAGCCACGGAUUGAUUGUCGUAUGUGGCGAGAAGAUAUCAUUUAUGGAUCUUAACCAUGUUCAAAAACAUAUUAAUAAGGCUGUCUCCCAGACUGCCCCCACCGACACCAUGACGACUGGGUCAGAGAGAAGCCUAGCCGUUGCAAAGGCGUGGAUGGAAAGGUGUGAAACGGAGCAUGAAACCUGCCGCCGACUCAAUGUUGGAAAGCUCCCAUCGCGGGUAAUAGAAGUUUCCAGUGAUUCACACCCUCCCAGAAUUCACAUCUCCGUUGGAGAGCAACUUCCGUACGUGGCGUUAUCGUACUGUUGGGGAGCAGAGCAGAACAUCCGCCUCCUUUCAACAAAUAUCGAAACCUAUAUGGAGGGUAUCCCUAAUGAUUCAAUACCACGAACCAUCGCAGAUGCGCUCAAAAUUACCAAAGCCAUGGGUUUGAAGUAUCUCUGGGUCGAUUCGCUGUGCAUCUUGCAGGAUUCCGAACAAGACCUGCAACACGAGUUGUCCUAUAUGGGUGAAAUUUACGCCAAUGCAUGGCUCACUAUUGCCCCAAAGAAUUCCUCGGGCUGCAAUGAUGGCUGUUUCCGGGAACGGGAUUGGAAAACAAGCGCGAUAGUUCCAUUGGAUAUCAGAUUGCCGCCACCCGCUGAACAGAGGACUUCCCAGAUUCAUCUCCAAGUAGAAAAUAACCGCACCUCGUGUGUCAAUAGACUUAUGGUACUACCACGGCAUCGGAUGGAAAAGAGCGGCAAGAAGUCAGUACUCAGAACUCGAGGUUGGACUUUACAGGAGGAAAUACUGUCACGCCGGAUGCUUCACUGUUCCGACCGUGAACUAAGCUGGACCUGUUUGGAGGGCAGGUGCACUGAGCGCAUACCUGAACAAGAGGACAUUCGAGGUGGACGAAACUGGAAAUACGCUAUGAGGCGUGUCAUUGUAACGGGGAUUGAUGGCUAUGGCAACUUGAACAAGCUGGCACGGGAAGAAGUCCUCAAUAAUUGGCUAGAGAUUGUGGAAAAUUAUCUGAGGCGAAAACUAUCAAAACCCGGGGAUAGGCUCGCUGCAAUCCAGGGUGUUCAGGAGGCGAUCGGGAGAGUCUUGGAUGACUUGCCCGUUGUUGGUAUUUGGAAGGGCCAAUUUCUAGCACCCAGUCUCCUUUGGAAGGUUUCUCAGCCGGCAAAGAAGUCUGCUGCAAAUCGAACAAAGACUGGGUCUGGUAUCAUGACGUGA